AUGUUGAUAGGCGGAGAGAAGUCUCUAAACCAGAACGAACCAGCCGGAUUCUCAGGUCAGUCAGAUUCGACUGUUGAGCUGACGCCAAUCAAAUGGAUCUCGGCCGAUACAACCUCCGAACCUCAGAAACAUGCUCCUGAUGGCAGCCUCCCAUCUCCUAUGAAACAAAGUGAAAUUGGUUCCGGUGUCCAAUCACUGGAAGCGAAGACAUUGUCAAAGCAUUCAGAAUCAGCGAUUUCAAUGAGAGAUCCGGGACGGGGUGGGGGUACAGCCGCCAAAUGGUGUCCUUUCUGGCUGCGUCGCGCUCUUCUUGGCCCCUUUUGCGUUUUCUUUCUCGCCUGUGCCAUAGCUCUUCCAGUGAUAUUACAUUUUUCACAAAAGAACCAAGGACUUGGCAUCGUUCGUCAAGAUCUUGGUCAACUAUGGAGGUUUGGGCCAACUGCGAUACUCACCGUUAUCGCGGCUCUAUGGGCGCGUGUUGAACUACAAGCAAUGCGAUUUAUGGCGUGGGUUCCUCUUCAACCCCAACACAGGCGAACUUUGUCUCGCGAGGAAUAUACACUCGACUAUACCUCGAUGCUACCUCAUGAGGUGCUUAUCAAAUCAUCGGGCAACAAGCACUUCUUCGUCUUCUUUGCUGUCGUUUGCUCGAUUUUAAUAAAGGCUAUAGUGAUUCUAUCAGCCAGUGUUUUCGAGCUUUCGUACACUCAAGGCGCACAUUCUGUUGAUUUGAGAACGCUCGAUUCGUUCAAUAUCCUAACAACAACCCUGGAGUCACGAUCUGUUUCUCUCUCCACCCGAGGGCUUUAUUCAGAUGUGUCAUCUUCACAAGCCAACAUCUCUGCAACAACUCCAUUCUUUCACGCACGAGCACUCCAAGACUUCAAUAUUAGUUUCCCGUUUGGAGUUUCCGAGCUAGGUGCAUAUCAGACAUUCAUACAGUCAACAAAUGAUGGAGCGCGUGGAAGUGUUAAUUCACCAGUGACGGCCACAGUCGACGGCCUAUUUCCCGAGACGGAAUGCCGCCUCCUGCAAAGCUACAAAUUCAACAACAUCACGGAAGAAGAGCAAAAAUCUAAGACUGGCUCUAUACCUACUGUCAGCUUACAAUUCGAAGGCUGCCCAGAAACAGACAUACGUGUCAACGUCUCGAUUGUGCCCGUGGAUUAUCAAAUAACCCGAUGGACAAUCGCAAAUUCCUCUACAAGCCGCGAAAGAUGCUCUUCGCUAGAGUCUGAGUACGAACAGUUCUAUUACGUUGCAGAGUCUUGGAAUACAGCCCGUAAUUCCAACUUCAGGCCCAUACAGAGCUUGGACAAGGUGGCCGCUGUGCUUUGCUCGGUAGGCCUUCGGUCAUCAAGAGUAGAGAUCACAGAUGACGGUAUCAAUCCAGCCUUGAAAAUGUCACCAAACCAGGAUAGUACGCCUGUUAAUACCCACUUCUGGUCUCUUUUGACCGAGUCUAUACCUGUAUCAAAGGGACUCUGGGACAACAUAACACGAACCGCGCCAUAUGGACCUAUCGUUGCGUUAGCCAAUUUCAAAAAGACGACGCCCCAGCAACUGGGAUCUUCACUCUACGAGAGUAAGAUUCUACAGGAUGUCGUUUCGAACCUCACAGAAACUAUUGGCCCUUUUGUUGCGCACUAUCACUUUAAGCAAAACCAGAACCAAACCAUCACCGGUUCAAUUAUCCGACAAAUGCCACGACUCAAAGUAACACGCAGCAUCUGCAUCGCGAUGACAGUACUUUUCAGCACGUUGGCUCUUGUUGCGUCGUGGAUGAUGCUUACAUCUCGAGACACGUUUGGAGCUUGGCCCAGAAAUCCCACCACAAUAUUAGGAUCGAUGACCUUCUUUUCAGAUAGGGAAUUGAAUGCAGCGCUUAUGCCCGAUAACGGGCAGAGCACCAAAGACGAGUUGGCCCGUACUGAGGAUAGUCCCUUUGCCCUUGAGACCUGGCUUCGUGGUUUGUUUUCUGCCUAUGCCCUAGCACUCAUCAUCGCCCUUGCAGUCACCCUGCGAAUCUCAGAAACUUCUGAUGGGAUCGCUACUGUGCAAAAUGACACCUUGUCUAUUUGGUGGAAGUCAAUGCCUGCAUUGGCGAUGUUCCUAGUUGCGUUGUAUACUGCUUCCGCUGCAAUGGCGGUGCGGGAUCUCGGUGUUCUGUUCCAGCUCUCGAUAAAGCCCUGCAGUAUUCGGGACAUCGACAUGUCCUUCUUGGAUAUGUUUGGCCUUCAAGCACUAUAUCACUCCUUGCGGCUGAGGAAUAUGUCAAUCAUUCUGCCCCAGCUCCUUGCCAUUUCUUGUGCGUUCUUAACAGCCCUAUCAACGAUCCUAUUCACCUCGGAGCUGGCUCGAAACACCACGACAGAGAUAGCAAUCCCGGUGAGAGAUAAAUUCACAACACACACCCAGCAAGAACUUUCCGCCAUGGACAACUAUACAGCUAUCCUGGAUAGUAUAGGUGCCUUGAUUGUGUCGAAAGAAAAAUCAAACCUCACCUGGCCUGAGAACACCUACAAGGAUUUGAUAUUUCCUCGUCUAGAGUUGGCUAAUAUCCAAGACCAGAUAUUGAACAACGAUAUGUCAGUCAGUGUCGAAAUGACGGCGGCGAAAAUUUUUCCAGAAUGCCGUCGGGUCCCCAACGAGGAGUUCAAGGCGGAUGUGAAUUUCACAGCCAAGUCAGGGCAUCUGCCCAAUACCAAUCUGACAGUUACUCGGGAUAUCACUUGCGGAAAUGGGACUAAGUUUCCUCUCUCCAGAAGUCUGACCUGGAAUAGCAGCGAGAGUGGCGUUGCAUAUGUCGCGACAAGUUUUCCAUCCGACGAUGACCAUUACGGUCUCAUGCCCUGCGAUCCUAAAAGCGAAUACACGAAGCGCCCGCUUCCGCCUUGGAAACUGAGAGACUAUUUCUGGGCAAAUGUGUCAGUUUCAGAUCGCCGCCUUGAACACCACUCUUAUUGGAGGUGCAAUUACUCGUAUUGGGAAGUUCCAGCCACUGUCAAUUUUGUUCAUUCAAAAGGAAGUCUACACCUGGAUUACAACAAUCUCCCUUCUUCGGAUGAUUCUAAGCGGAUCCCAUGGAACACUCCCAUGAGUCUUAUUGGUUUAAGUGACCCGUUCCCUCUGCCAGGAGACAGCAACAUAACGUUGAAAACAACCACCUCAAUGUUCAGACCGUUCUUGGAACCUUUUGGCAGCAUGAAGAUGGAGGCUUUCGGCGACCCGAACCAAGAAAGUGAGAUUCUUGGCAAUCUGCAUUCACUUCAUCGUAUAGCAUGGGGCCAAUUGGCAAGCCAGCUGGUUCGCUCCGAUGAGGUUGACCCUGCAACUCGAGCCAUGGUCAACGCCAAAGUACGAGAUAAUCAGCUGUAUCGACUUUUCCAAAAUCGUGCUGUUACAAUCGCCCUCUUGAGUAUAAUAGGAUUGGCAUUCAUUGUCAAUUUUUGGGUUCUAAUCUCAAGUGCACUCCGAAAAUUCUUUGGAAAGCGACUGUUACUCGACAUGGAAUUCAAGGGUCUGGCCCCAUGCGGGGUCAACAGUAUUGCAACGAUGGAGUCAUUGCUCCACGGUUCUAAUGCCAUAUCCGCAAUGCCUCAGGAACCAUAUAAUAGAUCAUUUGAAGAGCUGGACGACCAUUUUAGAUCCGCCCGCUUCCGCUUCGGGUGGUUCAUGGGAAAGGGGUCAGAAGGGAGAGAGCUGACUGUUGGGGCCUUGGAUGACGACAGUUUUCCUUUUCUUGGCAAGAAGGGGUAA